AUGACGCUAAUAUAUUUCGACUGGCUGGACUACCUCGUCUUCGGGGGGAUGCUUCUCUGCUCCGCCCUCAUAGGGGUGUACUUCGCGUUCUUUGCCUCGAAAAAGCAGAAUACUACGUCUGAGUAUCUCAUGGGAGGGAAAACCAUGGGGAUGUUCCCCAUAUCCAUGUCGCUGAUAGCCAGUUAUAUUUCGGGUAUCUCUUUGCUGGGCCUGCCAGCUGAAAUGUACACGUACGGAACACAGCUGUGGAUGGUAGUGCUCUCGGAAUGGGCAGUGUCACUCACUAUUGCAAUUGUUUACCUGCCUGUAUUUUAUAAUUUGCAGAUCACUUCAACUUAUGAGUAUUUACGAUUGAGAUUUAAUCAAAAGGUGCGACUGUUGGGUUCAAUAAUAUUUAUUAUCAAAAUGAUGCUCUAUAUACCUAUCGUCAUUUACGUGCCUGCACUGGCAUUCAGUCAAGUGACUGGUAUUAAUUUACAUUUAAUCACCCCGAUCGUGUGCGUCGUCUGUAUAUUCUAUACGACUCUAGGAGGGCUUAAAGCUGUAGUAUGGACAGACACUUUACAAACGGUUCUUAUGUAUUUUGGCGUAAUAUUUGUGCUUGCUUACGGAACUUGGCGGUUGGGAGGCAUAUCGAAUGUGAUAUCUAUAAACGAAAAGGGAGAUCGUCUUGAGUUUUUUAACAUGGACGUGGACCCAACAAUUCGUCAUACAUUCUGGUCGACUGUGUUUGGGAAUUACUUUAGUUGGUUGGCUUCGUGUUCAGUCAACCAAGCUAUGGUACAGAGAUGUCUCGCUUUGUCUUCAUUGAAACGAGCUCGAAUCACAAUAUUCAUAAUGGCGGCGGGAAUAUUCAUCAUAGUAUCACUGUGUUGCUACACUGGACUGGUCAUCUACGCGACCUUUGCAGACUGUGACCCUCUGACCACUGGGUCCAUCAGGAAGAGUGACCAGCUACUACCCUAUUUUGUGAUGACAAUAACUGGCGCUAUUCCAGCGUUACCUGGCAUCUUCAUGAGUGGAGUUUUUAGUGCAGCUCUGAGUUCUAUGUCGACCGGAUUGAACUCGAUGUGCGGCGUGAUUUUCGAAGAUCUCAUCCGGCCGGCCUACAAUAAACCUAUUUCGGAGAGAGCUGCUAGUUUUAUUAUGAAGAUUAUUGUCGUGGUAAUCGGAUUCGCGUGUGUAGCGUUGGUGUUCUUAGUAGAACAUAUGGGUGCCCUAAUCCAAGCUGGAAAGAGCUUGGCAGGCAUCACUGCUGGAAGUCUGUUGGGCCUGUUUUCAAUGGGACUAUUCCUCCCUUGGGUGAAUUCUACGGGUGCGUUAACAGGAGGCCUGACUUCCACAAUGCUGGUAGGUUGGAUCUCAUUGGGUACGCAGGCAGCAAUGAUGAGAGGUGAUAUCAUCGUUACACCCAAACCUGUAUCAGUUGCUGGAUGCCCAGGGAAUCAUACCUUCUCCACUCCAUCUACACCUAUUCACGCGGUUGAGUUCGACAGAUCAGGUACAUUCUUCCUGUACCGGCUGAGUUAUCUGUACUACACGCUGGUCGGUAUGAUAGUCUGCAUCAUCGUCGGCUCCGUCGUCUCAUAUUUCACCGAGCCCAACGAUCCUGCUAUGGUGCAUCGGGACCUGCUGACGCCUAUUGUGCAUCGGUGGCUGCCUGCCCAACAUCCGCAAUGCCGUCGGCCGCGACUCACGCAGCACGACAUAGAGGUCCACGCGCGAGAACUCGAGCAAUUGAGGGCCCAUUCUUCUUAUGACAAAAUGGGCGACACUCCUGAAUUUGUACGAAAAAACAACAACAACAACGUAAAUGACAGUUUCUGA